UUAUAGACGUGGGACCCUUUUUCAAUUUGUACCAAUCAUCAUGUGGAAAGUCGCAAAACCCUUAUCAAUUGAAUUGCUUCCAAAAUGGUGGGCAUAGGCAUUGGAAUGAGGAGCUCGCUCUGCAUCGAGGGUCGAUGUCUCCCUGCCUUUCUUCCCUGCAACCCCCAAUUAUUGGGGCUUCAUUUUUUCCUUCCAAUGGCAUGAAUACCCCAUCUUGCCUCCCUCACUGUCAACCAUGUCCAUUUCCCCUCUACCCACCUGUAGAACCCAAGCCUUUUCGGCUUAGACGACCGACCAUAACGAGAGCUUUGAGAGAAUGGCAAGAGUACGAGGAUGCUGUGAAGCGCAAGGACCUCGCUCGAGCCUUGCGCUUCUUGAUAUCCAUCCAAGAAGAAAAGGAAGAAGUAGAAAAUGAUGUACCCAUGAAGCCCUCUGAUGAUUCUUCGUCACCGUUGCCUUCUUCGCCUUCGUUUUCUGAGUCGGCUGUGUCGCGGUUCAGCGAGUUGAGGUCUGCAGGGUGGGAAAGGGACUGGGAGGUGCUGGAUACGUGCUUGAAUGCGGAUGAUAUGAAGAUGGUGGGGUGUGCCUAUGCCAUUCUCAAGGCCAAGGGGUUCUUACCCAAUUUCGGAAAAUUCAGGCACAUUGUUUUGGAGGGUCUAAGAGAAGUUACACCAACUGUUUUGAAAUCUUCAACCGGUUUAGAAGUGUCUAAACUUUCACCAAAAAAGUGGGGUCUUUCUGGAAGCUCUAGCGCUGGUUUGGUUGCUUUUCUUGGCAGUGUGUCUUUUCUUCUUUAUCGAGGGAUUGACGUAAGAACUAAUCUUGCGGUCAUAUUGGGAUUAGCCAUCAUGGACUCCAUUUUUCUUGGUGGUUGUUGUUUAGCUCAAAUCUCAAGUUAUUGGCCUCCAUAUAGGCGUCGGAUUCUAGUCCAUGAAGCAGGACAUCUUCUGAUUGCAUAUCUUAUGGGUUGCCCAAUCCGUGGGGUGAUUUUAGAUCCGAUUCUUGCAAUGCAAAUGGGCACUCAAGGGCAGGCGGGAACUCAAUUUUGGGAUGAGAAACUGGCAAAUGAGCUUUCUGAGGGUCAACUCAGUGGCACUGCUUUUGAUAGGUACUCCAUGGUGCUCUUUGCUGGUAUUGCAGCUGAAGCUCUUGUCUAUGGUGAGGCAGAGGGCGGUGAAAAUGAUGAAAAUCUUUUCAGAAGCAUCUGUGUUCUUCUGCAACCUCCUCUUUCUGUUGCACAGAUGUCAAAUCAAGCAAGGUGGUCAGUUUUGCAGUCAUACAAUUUGCUUAAAUGGCAUAAACAUGCGCAUCGAGCUGCUGUAAAAGCUCUGGAAAGUGGCGCUGGUCUUAGUAUUGUCAUCCGGAGGAUUGAGGCAGCCCUGUUAUCCGAUAGAUAAACUGCAUGGCUUAAACAUGUACUGAAAUUUUUUAGUUUUCUUUUAAUUUUAAUCGAAUUUUAACAUUUGAGUGGCUAGUGAUUCAGGAAUUGGCUUGCAUUCAUCUGAUUUCUCUGCUUGUAGUUUUGAAGGAACAGGAUUGUAGCAGGGAUGUAAGAGGUCAACAGGAUUAAGUGGUGUGAUAUGAUCUUGUAAUUCAGUCUUUUUUCGUUUUCUUCUCACUA